AUGUCUGAAAGAAAUACCACCAGGGUAACAGAAUUCAUUCUGUUGGGGUUUUCCAUCCCCAGAGAGAUUGAAAUUAUUCUUUUUCUGCUCAUUUUAACAGUAUAUACUCUGACUUUGGUAGGAAAUGUUGGGAUGAUUUCAUUAAUCCGAUUGGAUCCUCAGCUUCAUACACCCAUGUACUUUUUCCUCAGUAAUUUAGCCUUUGUAGACCUUUGUUAUUCCUCAUCAAUAGCCCCCAAGUUCCUGGAGACUCUGCUGACCCAGCAAAGGUCUAUAUCUUUCUAUGCAUGCGCAGCCCAGCUGGGCUUCUUCUUGACCUUCUUGAUUUCAGAAAUGUUCCUUCUUGCAGUAAUGGCUUAUGACCGCUAUGUGGCCAUUUGCAAUCCUCUUCUCUACAUGGUGAUCAUGUGCCAAAAGGUCUGCACAUGGCUGGUCCUGGGUCCCUACAUUUACAGCUUUUCUGUUGCUUUGCUCCAUACAAUAGUAACUUUCCAACUGAUCUAUUGUGGCCCCAAUAUAAUCAAUCACUUCUAUUGUGAUGAUGUUCCUUUGAUGGCCCUUGCCUGCUCAGACACCAGCCUCAAAGAGAUUCUGAUAUUCAUCUUUGCUGGAUUCAACAUGAUCAGCUCUUUAACCACUGUCCUUAUUUCUUAUUUGUACAUUGUGGCUGCCAUCCUGAGAAUCCAGUCAACAGAAGGAAGGUACAAAGCCUUCUCCACUUGUGCUUCUCAUCUGACAGCAGUCACUAUAUUCUAUGGGACACUGAUCUUUAUGUAUCUGCAACCAAAAUCAAACCAUUCCCUUGACACAGACAAGAUGGCCUCUGUGUUCUAUACAAUUGUCAUCCCUAUGUUGAACCCCAUGAUCUACAGCUUAAGGAAUCGCGAGGUGAAAAAUGCCCUGCGGAAGGCCAUUGAAAAAUGUUAUAUCUUGCCUUUAAUGCACUUCAAACAAGGAAUUUCAUAA